AUGUGUCAGGACAGGCUUUCUAGUCUUGCCAUGUUGUCCAUUGAAAGUCAGUUGGCUAGGAAGCUAGACUUUAAUGAUUUGAUCACUGACUUUGCUAUCAAGAAGGCUCGGCGCUGGGCUCUUGUGCCUGUUGUUUGUACGCUUUUGCACGUCCUCCUGUCACCUGCCGUCCGGUGUCUGUGUCUUAAUAUGGCAUUCAAAGCCUUAUGUCGAGCGGAUACUUUUAAAUACCUCAUCGGUCCAUGCAGAACAACAUUAAACACCGAUAAGCUCCCAUUGAGCAAGACAUGUAGCUGUUAUUUUUCGACCUCAAUCCAGCGAGGUUCACAGUUCUACUCCGAUCCUACAGAAGCAGUCAAAGAUAUUCAAGAUGGUGCGACUGUUUUGGUUGGAGGCUUUGGGUUAUGUGGCAUCCCAGAGAAUCUCAUUAACAGUUUACUGAAGACUGGCGUGAAGGGUCUCACUGCAGUCAGCAACAAUGCAGGCGUGGAUAACUUUGGUCUCGGCCUGCUUCUUCAGACCAAGCAGAUCAAAAGGAUGAUCUCAUCCUAUGUCGGGGAGAAUGCAGAGUUUGAACGACAGUAUCUAUCAGGGGAGUUGGAGGUGGAACUCACUCCACAGGGCACCUUGGCAGAAAGAAUUCGAGCCGGAGGUGCAGGGAUUCCAGCCUUUUUCACCGCAACUGGCUAUGGCACACUGAUCCAGGAGGGAGGAUCUCCUAUAAAGUACAACAAGGAUGGCAGCAUUGACAUCGCUAGUGACAAAAGAGAGGUGAAGGAGUUUAACGGCAGACACUACAUCAUGGAGAAGGCCAUCACUGGAGACUUUGCUCUGAUCAAAGCAUGGAAAGCUGACCGGGCUGGAAACAUUGUGUUCAGGAAAACUGCUAGAAACUUCAACCAGCCCAUGUGCAAGGCAGCCAAAACCACCAUUGUUGAGGUAGAAGAAGUGGUGGAUGUUGGUACUUUUGCCGCAGAGGACAUCCACAUCCCCAGCAUCUAUGUCCACAGAGUUGUCCAGGGAGGCAGCUACGAAAAAAGGAUUGAGAAACGCACAGUAAGGAAAAUCCAAGAGGAAAAGCCAAAACCAAAGAAGGAUUCUGAUAUUGUCCGAGAAAGGAUCAUUCGUCGUGCAGCUUUGGAGUUUGAAGAUGGAAUGUAUGCUAAUCUUGGUAUUGGCAUCCCUAUGUUAGCUAGCAAUUUCAUUAAACCAGACAUAACUGUACAUCUGCAAAGCGAAAAUGGAAUUUUAGGACUGGGUCCAUAUCCAACUGACUGUGAAGUAGAUGCAGACCUGAUUAAUGCAGGAAAGGAGACUGUUACAGUGCUUCCUGGAGCUGCCUAUUUCUCCAGUGAUGAGUCAUUUGCCAUGAUUCGAGGGGGCCACAUCAACCUGACAAUGCUUGGAGCCAUGCAAGUUUCAAAGUUUGGAGACCUUGCCAACUGGAUGAUCCCAGGUAAGAUGGUGAAGGGAAUGGGUGGCGCCAUGGAUUUGGUGGCCAGCGCCGGAACCAAGGUGGUGGUAACCAUGGAGCACUCUGCAAAGGGAGGUAAACACAAGAUAUUGGACAAGUGCCUUCUGCCUCUAACAGGAAAGCAGUGCGUGGACCGGAUCAUUACAGAAAAGGCCGUGUUUGAUGUGGAUAAGGCUAAAGGGCUGACUCUCAUAGAAGUGUGGGAGGGGAUCACUCCAGACGACAUCAAGGGGUGCACUGGUACAGACUUUGAGGUUUCACCCAAUCUGAGGCCUAUGCAACAAAUCUGA